ACCUCAGACUACGGAUGCCCUGAGGCGUUUUCUGCAACUCCGUCAAAAUUUGUCAGCAACUAUAUCAAAUGAGAAACGUUUCAAAACCAGCAUGCUUCAUCUUCAUUCUUCUUCUAUCAGUAGUUCUUGAGGUUGAAGGGCGUUAUCUUCAACACAGUGCUUCUUCUGCAUUGUUCACUUCAGAUGGAGUUGACGAGGAUGGUGUUCAACCCCAGAAGAAUUCUCACUUGUUUCUCAGGGGGAAUACCGGAAAAACCGAACCCUUUGAAGAACAGUGUGAGCAAAUGUACGGCUUCUUGCCAUGUUCAACCAGCAUGCUUGGUCAUCUCUUUCUGAUUCUGGUUUAUGAGUUCUUGUUGUUCCAUGGGGAAUCAUACUUGGCUUCUGGGGGUGAGCAGAUCUUCAAGAUUCUUGGCCCUGGGCUUUUCGGUGCAAGUGCCUUCGAUCUUCUUGGUGCCCUUCCUGAGUCUUUGAUUCUUCUUGUUACUGGGCUUUCCAGAGAGACCAAGGAGAGUGCUCAAGAGUAUGCUUCCACUGGAGUUGGCAUGUUGGCUGGAUCAUCCAUCUUGCUUCUCACAAUAGUUUGGGGAACCUGUGUCAUCACUGGCAGGCAAAACUUGAAAACUGACUCAAGGAAUAGAUCCUCUCAUUAUUCAAAUUCAUCAAGGGCAACUCCUAAAGAAUUAUUAGCUGGUUUUGGGAUUACUAUUGAUAAAGAGACAAAGGAAAUGGCAAGAAUCAUGAUUCUCUCAGUUAUACCGUUCAUAAUUAUGCAGAUCCCCAGUGUGUUUCGAUUCUCUGCAGUGCUUCGCUCUGUGACCCUGAUGGGUGCUCUUACCGUUACUGUCAUUUUUGUCUUGUUGUACUUCAUUUAUCAGAUAUUUAAACCUCAUAUAGAGAAAACAAGGCUGGAAUACAUAAAACAUCAUGACUUAAUAUUGAGAAUUUUCGAGCAUGUUGAAAAGCAAACCCUUCAAAAGAUCCUCACUGAGGAUGGAUCUCCCAAUGUGGCAGCCAUUAAUGGGCUAUAUAACGAAAUUAGUCAACACGGUGGAGAGAGGGAUUUAUUAGCUUCUGAAGUGAAAGAACUGCUGCUCAAGAACAAAUUAACCGGGACAGACAUCUCAGAGGGACAAGUUGAAGACAUGUUAAGAGUGUUUGAUCGAAAUGGUGACCAAAUUAUAACCAAGGAAGAGUUUGUCACUGGAUUAACACAAUGGAUUGAGCAAACGAAGCAUGCUUUGGAUAAACAAUACAUGCCAAGAAAAUCACUCCAGAACAUUUAUCAGGGUUUCCUCAAGCCAUGGAUGGAACACAUGAGAAAAGAGCGUGAGAUUAAGGGACAUCUUGUAUCUGAAAUCUUAAGGCAUGCUCAGAGCGAUAUGGUUGUGCAGCUUCUCAAUGAUGAUGGAACUGCGGAUGAGUCUGCUAUAAGAAGGUUGUUUGAGGAAGUUGAUAGCAACAGAGAUAACAGUGUUUCUCAAUCCGAGAUACGGAAACUAGUGACCAACCUCCACUUUGGCAAGGCAGUGGAUGAGGAGGAAGCAGUCAAGAAAAUAAUUCAAGAUUUUGAUAUAAACAGUGACAAUGUAAUUACUGAGGAAGAAUUUGUGGAUGGAUUCACAAAAUGGGUGCUUUCAUCUUCCAAACAAGCUCCACACUCAAAACCUCAGCCUCACCAAGAAGAAACUCAUCAGACCUGGGAAUAUGUAGAGAAGGUUGUGGAAGAGAAGCAUCAGCACAAAGGAAUAUAUGGAUGGAUCAUGGCUAUAAUAAAUGUGGUGGUAGGAAUCACUAUAUUAUCUAUUCUUGCGGAGCCAUUAAUAGCAAGUGUCCAGAAAUUUUCUGCGGCAGCAGGAAUCCCAUCUUUCUUUGCCUCUUUCAUUUUAGUCCCUCUGGCCACAAAUUUUAGAGAAGCGACCUCAGCCAUCAAAGAAGCUAGCCACAAGAAGAGAAGUAACACUUCUCAGACAAUGUAUGAGAUUUAUGGAGCAGUAUUUAUGAACAACAUUCUUGGAUUUUCGGCAAUUGCAACUCUGAUAUAUGUGAGAGAAAUAACGUGGGAAUUCUCAGCUGAAGUGCUGGUUGUGGCAAUCGUCUGUUCUGUAAUGGGCCUGUCUGCAAGUUUUCGGCCCAAUUUUCCUCUGUGGACAUCCUUCGGCGCAUAUCUUUUGUAUUGGCUGUCUUUAGUUCUGGUUUAUGUUCUCAAUGAUGUUCUUCAUUAUGAGUGAGCCACUCUUUGAAGAUCUUGACCAACUCAAAAUGAUAUUAUCAGGAUAGUGACCAAACUUUAUAAUUUAUCAUGCUUCAAUGACUAACGAUAAUGUGUAACUAAAUGUAUUGUUAUAGGUUUAGAUUUUAGUUACGUCUAAUUUUCAAUAUCUUGAUCUUGCUUGUGAUCUGAUUACACCUUUAUAUUUAUAAUAAAUGAACAUUGUAUGAUCUGUUGAUCCGAAAAAAGAAAAAUUAUCAAA